AUGUCUACAGCUAUUGCAAAAGGAAUCUUGAAAAAUGAUAUGUUUCCUGCAACAAAAAUUUGGGUUUCGGGUCCACAUUUAGCUAAUUUAAAACAUUGGGAAGAAAUGGGUGUUCAUGUUACUACUAAAAAUGGACAAGUGCUUAAUAACUGUAAUAUAAUAUUUUUGGGUGUGAAGCCUGGUAUGCUUAAUGAUGCUAUAUCUGAUUGUAUAAAAACACUGCCUGCUAAUUUUGUAUGUGAAAAUGUCCUUUUUGUAUCAAUGUUGGCUGGUAUAACUAUUGACCACUUACACAAGGCUUUAGAAGUUUUGUCAGAAGGAUUACAUGUUGUCAGAAUAAUGCCUAAUACACCAAUGAGUGUGGGUGCAGGUGCUUGUUUAUACACACCAGAUGACAGAACUACAAAUGGUGAAUGUGAAAUCUUAGAAAAACUUCUGAGUAGCUGUGGAAUAUGUGAGAAGGUAUCAGAACAAAUCAUGAAUGCAGGUGGGGCUUUGCCUGGGUGUGGCCCUGCUUUUAUGUACAUGGUAGUAGAAGCACUAGCGGAUGGUGCAGUAAAGCAGGGUGUUCCAAGAGCUAUGGCAAUACGCUUAGCUGCUCAAGUUUUAGUUGGAAGUGGGGAAAUGGUUCUUAAGACGAAUAAACAUCCAGGUAUUUUAAAAGAUGAAGUUUGUUCACCUGGUGGCUCCACUAUAUGUGGUGUUACUGCUCUAGAAAAUGGAAAGCUGAGAGCAACUUUAAUCAAUGCAAUUGAAGCAGCUACACUCAGAACUAAAGAGUUAGGAAAACAA